AUGGUCUAUAACAAGAGACGAGUCGUAAUUGUUGCCCUUAUCUUCGCUUCAGCUUGGUCAUGGAUGGCUUUUGUUUACUUCACUAUCACUUUCCAUAAUCAGGAACGCCCGUCAGAGCUACAAAAUGCGCCUAUCUGGGCAAAUACUACUCCUAUAGUCCUUAUGGCCCCAGUAAAAAAUCAAACAGAAAUCAACGACACAGACGACUCAGAUAUAAACGAAACUUUCCAUCAACUGAUUGAUUUUAAAGACUUGGGAAGAAAUAAGAGAGCAGUAUUGCUAUUGAUCAUCGUUACCACUGCACCAGCAAGAUUUGAAAGAAGACAGGCAAUAAGAGAAACAUGGUGGAAACAUUGUUCUGGCAAUCAGGCUCAGGUAAGCAGGCAAGAUAGGUUCUUUGUCGCCAGUUAUCUCACGAUCCCACGAUGACGUUACUUUCAGUUAUUCAUAGCGAAAUUUCUUACCAACGACGAAGACGACGGCAAUAAGCAAAAAUCAACGGGUUUAGGUUAGCAAAACAACAACUUUGCACGAGCAACACGCUUUGUUUUUUGUACUUUCUUUAUUGUCGUUCAACGACCUCGACGUCGAAUUCCUUAUUUCCCGUCUUACACCGAGGACGUGAACAAAAGACACCUACACUGAACGUGGAUACAGUCCUUUUGGAAUAAACCCUAUUCAAGAGCAAUUCGCCAAAAUUUGACAAUUAAGGUGGCUCGAUACAGUUUUUCAGGGUCAGUACCUCCCAAGUUUGACCUUAAACUACGUCGCCAUAAACAAAGAUUUGGAAACAAUGCCACCACAGUUGUAUUAGAUAAAGAUGAAAAUUCGUUAUGAUCAGGGUUGCAACGACAACGGAGUUGUCAUAGCAACGAAAUGACGCUAUUACCUAUUUUAGUUGCAGCAAUAUAUCUCGGCACUGGGAAAUGUUCUUCCAAAAUCAUUCACAGUAGCUUUUUCCUCCAAUAUCGGCUUCGAUGUUUGUCAAGUUUAAGCGAAAUCUGUAAGAGCGUUAUCGAGAUAUUAUGGGAUGAAGUCUUUAUGGCUAGAAACACAGUUAAAAAUGGACAACCUUGAUGUUUGGCCGUUAUCUGAACAAAACAACGCGCUUUUGACAUGCAAUUUCACCUCAUAGUAGUUUCAAUGUUUUUAAAAACGUGUGUGAAAGAUCAUGGAGAUAGCUCCAGUCGAUUGCUAGAAAGAAGGAUUUGAUUACUAGGUAUCGAAACGCUCUUGUCAGCGGUUUUGUAAACAUUUUGGUCUUCUUUAACAAAUUAGCGAAUAAUUUUCAAACCGCUCAAUAGAUUUUUUUUGAAAAUUAAGAUUCUUGAGAUUAACCUUCCUUUUAUAUGACCUUUUACUUUCAAGAUUAUUGAUAUAACUGGUGCCCACACACAAAGAAAAAAAAAGAAACGCCUGCAUUUUUAGAGUCUAGCCGUGCUAAAGCAAGCUCUGCUAAAAAGCUCCUCAAUGAAUCAUUGGCGAAGGUGUCUUGGUUAUAAAUAGAGAAAACAGAAUUUAAAGUCGUGAAUCUGCUUUUCCAGAAAACGUUUAGUUUCAUCAUUUUAUCAUUUUUACCUCACCAAUGUAUGGAAUGUGUGAAAAGAAUACUAUUGACUGACAACAUACAGAGCUGGGGCAGCUGUAGUGUCAACUAUUACCAGUAAUACAUGUACCCUAGAGAACUGUUUCUUUCAAAUUUCGUCUUAUUCUCGUGCAUAUCUACCAAUAAUUUAUGAAAAGACAAAGGUUUAAGUUCCCCUGAGACAGUCUAUUGGGAAAACAAAACACACAAGCGAAAGCGGUCUAUUAACGGGCCCGAAAAGCUGUUGUCAGUUACAUUAAAGCUCGAAGUUUCCGUAGGUUUACAGAUGAUAUGAUAAAACUAUCACUAUAUAUUCUGAAUAUUCUAUUUCGGGCCCGUCAAGUUACCGGGACUUUGAAGAAACGGGCCCCAGGAGCACAGUUCCUUGGAGUCUCGGCUCGGUCAAUCCUAGGCCGGGUUGUUCAAAGCAGGGUUAAGAUAACCCGGGGUUAGUGCGAAGUAUAAAUUCAGAUAUGAAAGCUUAAAAAUCAAAUUAGUUUAAUUCUUUUUGCCUGUAAUGUAAUGAAUUGAUGCUCUAUAAAGAAUAGUGAAAAUUAUCCGGGAAAAUGCUUUUGAACAAAAGAACCAGAAACCCAGAAUAAACCUUAAUCCUGAGUUAGGACUAAUCGGCUUUCGAACAAGUGGGCCCUGGACUCUAACGUGAGCUGUGACGUCACCGAGAGAGACUCGCUCGCUCUUUCCCAGACUUCGCGCGGACAACGGGCAAGAUAGAACGCCUAGGGACCAGGCUAGGGUCCCAGGGCUUUUCUCUUGGAUUCUGGAAGGGUCCUAUCCCAGAUUUACACGAGAAAGGUCCUGAAGAUGGCUCACACGACACCCGGAACAUUAGAGCAGUUCUGACCUCGUGUGUGUAACUUGAAUUUUUCUUUCUUCAGGUUGAAUGUGUCUUCAUGACUGAUGGACUUAUAACAGACGGAAUUCAACGUAACCUUAUUUUAAACGAAAAGGAUAAAUACAAGGAUAUUAAGCUCCAGCCUCUUAAAGGAGGCCGUGGGCAGUUUGGAUUCCGCUUCCUUAACCAAAUCAAAUGGGCAGCGGCGAAAUUUAACUUCCAGUACCUACUUAGAAUCGAUGAUGACUACUUCUUGUGUUCAAAAAGGCUUCUUUCUGAGCUUCCAUUGAGACCAAAACAAAAUCUAGUCUGGGGAUUUUUCCACUGUCAAGUAGGAAUCACAUGGCUGGAUGAAGCAUUUAUGAUAUUCUCCGAAGAUAUUAUUCAGAAGUUCUUGGCGCAGAACGAAAGCUCGAUGUUGUGUCAUCCACAUGCGGACCAACAAGUCAUGUUGUGGCUGAGCAGUAUUCUAAACAAAACAUACUUCCACGAUACCAGGUUACAUCAUCAGCCUCCAUCGUCACAUGUUCCUCGAUUUAGUAACAUCUCGAAUGUUUGUGACUCUCAUUUAGGCGCGCAUGGGGCAUACGGUAAGACCAUGUAUUAUCUGGGGCUAAGAGCUAAUGACAACGCUAAAGACGUUUCAGCUAUUCCUGAUUUUGCAAGAUUUUGUGAAACCACAAAUUUUGAUUACCGCGUAUUUAAUCCUAAGUGGAAAUAUGAACCCAAGCCCUGCAAAGAUAACCCAACGUGGAACUUGGGAGAUGAAAUGUGGUUUGGUAAGGAAGUUGGUCAAGGAAUGUAA